AUGACAGACUCGUUUGGGUCAAAUGUGCUGCAACACGCGCUGGAGGAGUUCGUCGCGUCCAUCCGGGACGUGAGGCUCACCCAGGCCUUCUCAUUCGUUACAGCCACGAUUGUCAUCUACGACUACCUGGUAUGCAUUGAGCGGGAAAUUGAGUUGAUCUGGAAGAAGCGGUGGUCUGCGAUCAAGCUCGCCUUUCUCUGGCACCGAUACUUUGGCCUGAUAGUCGUCUUGUUCCAAGCAUACGGUCAGAUCUUCUUCUCACGCGGCUCGCACGAUCCUCAAUGUGCAAAUGACAGCUCUCAACUCGUCUGUCAUCAACGACCGACUGCAUCACAUCUCCGCGGGUGCCGGCGGAUGUUGACAAACCUCCAUGGCUUCAGCUGUUCCUUCUGGUUUUACUGGGAAACAUGGGGCUAUUGCAUUGUCCUCUUCACCACCGAAGCUGUCCUUCUACUAUGGAUCUACAUCGUCUACAACAAGAAUCGAUAUAUCCUAGCGCUCAUGAGCAUCUGCUACCUCGGCGAGGUUGGCUCAGUUGUAGCGAUUCUGACCAUCUCCUUCCAAGACUAUCAGGCACGAGCAUACGGAAUUCCGGGUGGAGAAUACUGCGUACUCACCCGGGUCGGCUCGCCAUUCCCCCUUCUUUGGGUGCCGAUUCUUGCGUACGACACACUGCUGCUCGUUCUAUUCAUCUACCGCGGAUGCGCCGGAGCCUCGCCUGCCCCGCGGUGCCGGCUCGCAUACCGUUACGAUAGCCUUCUGGACAUGAUCUAUAGGCACUCGCUUCUCAACUUCCUUGCCAUUUUCGCAUCCUACCUGACAUGCGCCGUUAUUUGGCUCAAGGGCAACCUCGGGUCGUACCAGGCCCCGGUUGGGUUCGCGGUUUCGCUCAGCAUCACGAACUGUACGCGACUGCUGCUCAACAUCCGCCGCGCCUACUACUCGCACGAAGAGACUGAGAUGGUCCUGCGCAGUUGCCGUACACCCCCCCUCCCCAUGCAAGCCGAGGAAUCAGACGACACCCUGAAACAUACUCUCCGCCGCCCCCAUCGUCCCACGCGUCCGGCCACGCUCCUUCUGCUCGACGCCCGUCGUCCGGCUGCCAUCCCCCUCAGCCCGCUCUCCCCACGCACACCCAUGUCGUGCGUUCGUCUGUCGGGUUCGACGCUCCGCGCGCUUUCUCCACCGCACACGCCGCCCGCGCUCCUCUCUCCGCUCUGGCCACACACACCUCCUGGCUCGCUCCGCGACAUCUCCUUCCCGCCAUCUCCUCUGCCCCCACAUUCGCCUCUCUCGCCCACACACCUAUACGCGCACAGCCCGGCGAGCACGCUCCGCGCCCACGCGCUCGGCACGGUGUACGAGGCGGGGCCUAGCACUGGCACCGCGAGCGUGCUCACCUCGCGUCCACGGAAACACUCCACGCGACACCCGAGGCGGCCCCGCGGCACGCGCACGAGUAUGUGCGCCCGGCCGAGCGCGUCGUGGGAGCGCGUGUGCCGCCGGAUGGCCUCGCGCUAUUGCCACCGUCGCGGACGCGCUUAG